AUGGAGCAGCAUAAUGAUUCUAAUACAAAGCAAAGAUUCGGUGAUGAAUCAGCCGAUCAACCGGUUUAUCUUCAAUUUGAAAUCGAUUGCGUUCACGCAAAACAGAAACCGCUUACGAAAGAUGAAGAAAAGUCACAAUUAUCAAAUACCGCUGAAUGCACUUGGCCGGCAGUUCCGUUUCUUGAAGUUGAUAAUGAUCUCAUAUCACCCGGAGAGGUACAUCUAAUAAGAAGUACAACAACUAAUUCAGAACGACCUGCCUCAUUUCAAAAUGAUCAUCUAAAAUCAACAACGAGUACCUGUUCGUAUGAGCAAAGUUUAACUGGUAGGAUUCUUCUGUUAAUCGCAGAUACAUCAAAGCUUUUUUAUUAUGCUAUCCAUGGAAAUUUUGAAGCCAUUCGUAAAAUAUUUGAUGUUGACUAUGCACAAGCGGUUCAAAUGACAAACGAAAAACAACAGAUACUGUUGCAUGUUGCGGUUAUCUAUUCAUUUUCAUAUGUGUGGAUUCGAUUAUUGCUGAUGUGCGGCUGUGAUCCUUGCGCUCAAGAUCAAGACGGAUAUACGCCGGCACAUUACACAGUCGAUAAAGACGACGUAGAAAUGCUGAAGGCAUUGACGGUUAAACUUCAUGUUAAAACACAAGAUAUUUAUGGUGAUACAUCAAUCCACUAUGCCGUAGCGCAUAAUGAUAAAUCAUUAACUGAGUUUCUUAUCAACGAAUGCAAAGUUGAUGUUAAUGGAGGUGAUUGCAAACGACCAAGUGCAUUAGAUAUAGCGUCAUUCAAUCAAAAUUUGGAAUUACAAAAAUUAUUGGUCAACAACAAUGGCCUAAGCCGGUAUCAAAUUAAUCAUGAAAGUAGAAAGCGUAAAAUAUCACAAGAUGAACUUAUUCGUAAUAUAGAAAAUCUAUCAAUUACACCUCAUAAAGGGAAUCAGCAAAGCGUUAUUACUAAUGCUGAGUUAAAAGCUGAGCGUUCUUCUGCAGCCGUUGAGCAGGUAACACUGAACGAUGACGAGUUCGAGAAACAAAUAUCUGAAUUCAACAGCGCAGCAAGAGAUCAAAUGAAAUUAAAGAAUUAUCAGGAGGCUCUCAAAUAUCGUCAGCACGAAAACGAUCUUCUCAUAAACCAUUUUGGUUAUUUACAUCCUGCUGUUGCAAGAUCAUAUUAUAAUAUAGCGGUAGUAUAUCAUAAUAAAUGUGAUUAUGACUCAGCUGCAUCCAACUAUACAAAAGCUAUUGACAUUAGGGAUCAGUUGCCAUUGUCAUAUAAAGAUCCAGAUUUCCCGAACUAUAAUACAAAUCGAGCACUUGUUUAUGCGACUCAACAUCAAUAUGAUAAAGCACUUGAAAAUUUUACACAAGCUCUAAGUAUGAGAAAGACAUAUUUUCCAAUACAGUAUGACGAAAUACAAAGACUGGAACAAUUUAUAGAGAGGAUUGAAGGACAAAGAAAGGAACUGUAA